GUCCAGCGUCAGUCAGCUGGUUACGCUCCACAUUGACUCAAAACCAAUUCCUGUUCUCUGUCACAUGGGAGAUUUUGGAUGUGGAGAUGGAGGAUGGACACCGGUCAUGAAGAUUGACGGCAACAAGAGUACCUUUCAUUAUAACUCAGGGCACUGGAGAAAUAAAACUGAAUACAACCUUCCUGGAGGGGAGACUGGGUUUGACUCACAAGAGACCAAGUUACCGACCUACUGGAAUACAUCUUUCUCCAAGAUCUGUCUUGGUAUGAAGAUCGGCCAACAGAUCAACUUCAUUGCCAUCAACAAGAAAGCCAAAUCUCUGUACUCACUGAUCGCUGACGGGCAAUACCGCGCCACCUCACUGGGUCGUAACACGUGGAAGAAGCUGAUUGGUUCUCAGGCCUCAUUGCAACUUAACUGUAACAGGGAGGGGUUCAAUGUUAAGGGUGAUACAUAUUACGGCGAUUCCAAAGCAAGAAUAGGUAUCAUUAGUGACGACAGCGCUAGCUGCCGGUAUUGUGCUUCCAGAAUCGGGUUUGGUACAAGAGGGUUUCCUGAUGAAUCCAACACCUGUGGAAACGAGGCAGCGAAGUCACCAGAUAAUGGCGACAAACACAUCAAAGCUAUUGGUUACAUAUUAGUGCAGUAAGAAGGAACUGAUGAAAUGAAGUCAAUAUCCAUUACCUAAAUCAAUAUACUCGAAACGCAUUAAAGUCACGUCAGGUUCACAUUUUUAACCCUAUUUAACAUGGACUUUAGUUUCGUCUGUAAGCCUGAAGGGGUGAGGCUCUUUUAGCCGACCAUAUGUAUUUCCAAAAGAGUGCACUCAAUAGGCUUGUAA